GGAAACAUCCAUAGGUUGAUCGAGAUUCGUCCCGCACUUUCACUUUCUCUCUCUAGAAAAAAAAAAUGCUUUCUUUGCUGUUCUCGGUUCUCACUGAAAUCCAUGCUCUUGGCGUGCACCACUGAUUCACUUCACCCUCGAUAGAAGUUCUACACCAAAAUUUGCAUAAAGAGUAAGUUUGAGCUAAUGGGGGCCUCAAGCUCCAAAAUGGAUGAUGAUAAGGCACUUCAGCUGUGCCGUGAAAGGAAGAAAUUUGUUAGGCAAGCCCUUGAAGGGCGUUGCUCUUUAGCAGCUGCUCAUGUUUCAUAUGUCCAGUCCCUGAAAAGUACAGGAACAGCAUUGAGAAAAUUCACAGAAGCUGAAGCACCAAUUGAAUCUUCCUUGUACACUUCUACUAAUCCCACACCAGAGCCACUUGACAAAACCCUGUCCCAGUUCUCAUUAUCUUCGCCAUCUGCAUCACGAUGCGUUGAUACAACUGAGACUUUUUCUCCAACUCCCUCUCCUCCUAGCUCUAGUAAGUUCCAAGCAAACCAUAUGAAAUUUAGCAGUUUUUCUUCUAAAAAGGUUGAAGAAAAACUACCUGUUCCUGUUAUAGGAACAGUAAUAUCAUCAGGUACUCCACAGAAUGCCACUCCUGAUUUCACUGAAAAGUCUGAAACAUCGGCAUUUGAAGAUUCUUCUCUUCCAGCUGGAACUCCACCAUGGGAUUUUUUUGGCCUCUUUCAUCCUAUUGAUCAUCAACUUUCUUUUCAAGGGGAGGUCAUUCACCAAGAUAUGGGGAAUGCUGAUGAUAUAACACAACUUAGGGAGGAGGAAGGAAUUCCUGAGUUAGAAGAUGAUGAGAAGGUUUCAUCUCAUGGAAAGGAGGAUUCUCUAGACUCUGAAGAUGAAUUUGAUGAUGAGCCUACCAUAGAUACCCUAGUCCAAAGGUUUGAAAAUCGUAAUAGAGUUAGUGAUCAUGUUAAAGCCAAUGGUUUACCUGUCCCAAAUAAGCCUCUGACAGGGGAUUCUGCUUCUGAAGUUGAACUCGUGAAUGGGGAGAAGGGGAGCUCUCCUGUUGUAUCGCCAUUAAGGACAGCUUCUACAGAAGUUGUUUAUCCAACUGAAACAAAUAAAUUUAUGGAGAAAGAAAAUCACAGUGAAAAAGUUGUUCCUAAGGAUUUCUUUUCAUGCAUGAAAGAUAUUGAACUCCUCUUUUUGAAAGCCUCUGAAUCUGGUAAAGAAGUUCCAAGAAUGCUUGGAGCAAAUAAGCUGCAAAUUCAUCCUCUAUUUCCAGCAAAAGAAAAUCGAUCGGUGACAUUAUCAUAUUUGAAGGCAUGUUUCUCAUGUGGGAAAGACCCAAGUCAACUUCCAGAAGAACCUGCUCAAAACUCGGUCAAGUACUUAACUUGGCAUAGGACAAUGUCAUCUCUGUCCUCUUCAUCCAGAAACCCUCCUGGAGCAAACACAAAAGAUGAUAUUGAGGACCUUACAAAUAAUCUUUUUGAUAAUUUCUGCAUGAUCUCUGGAAGUCAUGUAUCAACCUUGGAUAGAUUAUAUGCAUGGGAAAGGAAGCUCUAUGAUGAAGUCAAGGCUAGUGGGAUGAUCAGAAAGGAAUAUGACAUGAAGUGUAAAAUCUUACAGCAUCUGGAAUCAAAAGGAGAAAAGACUUCUACAAUUGAUAAAAUGCGGGCUGUAGUCAAGGAUCUGCAUUCAAGAAUUAGAGUUGCAAUUCUUAGGAUAGACUCUGUAUCAAAGAGGAUUGAGGAAUUGCGGGACAAAGAGCUUCAGCCUCAACUUGAGGAGUUGAUUGAAGGGUUAAGUCGGAUGUGGGGAGCGAUGUUUGAGUGCCACAAGCUUCAGUUCCAGAUAAUGUCAACGGCCAAUAACAACAGUCACGGUAUAAGCUUCACCCACUCUGAGUUACGUAGACAAAUCACUUCCUAUCUUGAAAGUGAGCUCCAUUGUCUAUCCUCAAGUUUUACCAAAUGGAUUAUAGCUCAGAAGUCCUAUCUGGAUGCCAUAAAUGGGUGGCUGUACAAAUGUGUUUCUCUUAAACAAAAAUCAACCAAGAAAAAGAGACCCCAACGUCCACUCCUAAGAAUGUAUGGUCCUCCCAUAUACGCUACCUGUGAAAUCUGGUUGGAAAAGCUUGGUGAAUUACCAAUCCAGGAUGUUUUGAAUUCCAUGAGGAGUUUAGAAUGUGAAACUGCCCGAUUCUUACCGCGUCAUGAGAAUCAGGGUAAAAACACAAAUCUCCCCCAUAUGACAUCUUGGACUGCUCAUGUCCGCGGUGAAUCAUCGCGUAAUCUAUUGGGAGAUGAUGCAUCAGAGGACUGGGAUUCAAGUUUUGAUCGAUUUCGCACAAGCCUUCUUGGGUUUCUUGGUCAAUUAAAUAAUUUUUCUGGGUCUUGUGUCAAGAUGUACAUAGAACUUGGGGAAGCCAUUCAGAAUGCCAAAAAUUACUAUCAUCAUAGGUCUAAUUCUCAGGCUCAAGAUGGUCAGUCUCAAUCUCAAGAUGAUAAUUCCAAGUCUGAAAAGAAAGGCCCUAAACAAUGAGCAAAGGGCUGCAUUAAACAUGGUUGAGUUGCACCAUUAUAGCUUUAUGUUGAACUCAUAGUUGUUAGAUUCAUACAAGUCCAUUGGAUGUGGCAUUUGUACAUGAAAGAAAGGAAAAAGGAAAGAAUAAAGUAUUUACAGGAUGGCCAUACUUCAUAUGAUAUAGUUUCAUCUUUUCAGUAAUACAAGGGAGUGGUUACAGGUUAGGCAAAGCUGUAAUUACUAGGUUCUUUUGAAGCCUUAUAUAUAUGCAAAGGGAACUUGUAAAGUGUCAUUUUAUAAACAGUCUUAUAGGAUUUUUGCUUUCUUUUCUUUAUCGAUGCAAUUACUUGAUUUAUGAUAAGCAUAUAUGACUAUAGGUUAAAGUUUAUUUAAAUUUUAUGAUGCAA